AUGAAUUGUGUCCGCUUGAUGAGAUUAUUAAUGGCUAACCCAUAUGUGCCUCAAUGCGGACACAAUGCUAAGAAUUGGAAGCCAAUGUUAGUUGUUGAAGUCUUUCGUCAAUGUUCACCGAAAUCGGUGUCGCGGUACUCCACGUCCAACGCAAUUCUAGAAUCAGAAAGCACCUUUCUAGCAGCUUUUCAGCUCGAUUGUAACGGUGAAGACAAGCCGGAUCAGUUACACGCUAUAAUCGAUGACAAACCUUUGCCGGUUGCUCGCGACGCAGAUGGAAAUACGUUUGAGGUGAGUUGGGUUGAAGAUCAUAAAGCCGCAACCACUGGUGUCUAUAAGGUCGCUAUCUACGACGAUGCCUCCUUUGCUGCUUACAGAAAGGCCAAACGAAGUGGCAAUACAUUUAAUGGGAGCCCACUUUUCACGAUUGACAUGGAUCAUAAGGUUGCUACCAAGCAAGUCGAACAAGGAAUUGUCAGAAGAAAAGUAUGCUUCAGCUUAAUGGGAAGUUGCUGCUUUAAAAGUUCUUAUAUUCUAACCCAAAACUGCAGUGAUUUCAUGAUUUAUCGGCUACCAUCGACAUCGAUAAAUAAUAUAUGUUCUCGUUAUUGCACUACUCCGGCCGAUCCUUGCGAUCCAAAUCCCUGCCUUCACGAUAGUAUUUGUAGUGUAGUCGGCAAGAAUUAUCAAUGUACAUGUCUUGCUAAUUUUACGGGAAGAAAUUGCCAAAGCGACCUAUAUCCAUGCCGCAACAAUCCUUGUAUUCAUGGAACAUGCCAAAAUAUCAAUUACGGUUACAACUGUACUUGUCCGAUUGGCUAUAGAGGAAUAAAUUGUGAAUUAGAUAUUGAUGAAUGUGUAGAAAAUAAAUCAAUUUGUACGGAAGGUUGUACUAAUACAAAUGGUAGCUACCUGUGUGGUUGUGAUGCAGGCUAUCAAGUAUCAGACGAUGGAAAAACUUGCUAUGUGAACUGGAAGUAUACUUGGUAUCAGUUUAGUGGUAGUAAUUUAAGUCAGAUGAUGGUAACUGGAUACAUAAAACCGUUGUCUUGUGGUACAACAUAUCCUGGAUGGCUGCAGGACAAUCAUCCAACAAAACCAACUCAGCGAACAUGCCAGAACCAAGCAACUGCUUGGAUGGUUGAUCCUCAUCCCUUAAAUAAAUGUAAUCGUCAUUCGUGUGGAAAUAAAGGCGUAUGUAUUGGAAUAAACGAAACUUAUUUCUAUUGCCAGUGUCAGUCUGGUUAUACCGGAAAAAAAUGUGAAAAAGAGAUCAAUGAAUGUCAGUCUAAUCCUUGUUCAGAAGGAACCUGUAUAGAUCUUGUCAACGAAUACGUGUGUAUUUGCCCAAAAGGAAUGACUGGCGUAAAUUGUCAUCUGGGCAUUAAUGAAUGUGCUACAAAUAAAGGUGGUUGUAGCCAUAAAUGCCAUGAUUUAAUUCCUGGCCAUGAAUGCAGUUGUCCUAACGAUAAAAUAUUGGGGAUUGAUCGCCAUACCUGUAUCGAUCCAUGUCCUGCUUCAGCUGUAGUACUAAAUGAUACAUCAGUAAAUUCAUCCAAUUACCAAGAUCAGAAUGCCAAUUUGGAAAGAAACUGCCCAUAUUGGCAUGCUUUAUUGGACGAUAGGAAAUGGUAUCGAGCUAACUACGGUAGCAAUUGUUCAAGUAUAGCCAGGAGGUUUGGUAUUAAACACAUAGAUGAUUGUGCUUCUGAUCCUUGCCGUCGUGGAGCAUGUAGCAUGCUUCAGUACGGUUUUAAAUGUCUCUGCGAUGCCGGUGACUACGGUCUUUACUGUCAGUUAAGUAAAUGCCAAUCAAAUCCUUGCCAAAAUGGUAAUUGUGUGCCUACAGUAUUUGGAUAUCGAUGUCGAUGUAGACCAGGCUUUAGCGGUGCACACUGUGAAAUAAGUGCUUGUAAUUCUAAUCCUUGUAUUAAUGGUGGUAAAUGCUUGACGAUGAAUAAUGGUGGAUAUCAGUGUCGAUGCAAUCCUGGCUAUCAUGGUUUGAACUGUGAAGCAAGCAAAUGCAGUAGAGAAAGUAAUCCCUGCCAUAAUGGUGACUGUGUUCCUGACGACGUCAAAGGCUAUAGAUGCCAAUGCUUUGCUCAAUAUACGGGGAUUCACUGCGAAUCUAGUAUGAUCUCAAUUGGAUUGAAAUACCUCUAUCAUUCAUGUUCGGAAACCGCUGGAGUACCGCAGGCUUGGAGAGUUUAUUGCGAUUUUAGUUCUGAGCCUGGUUAUGCCUGGACAUUAAUCGAAUCGUUCUCGUUUGAUCAGCGAUCUGAUAAAAAAUUCAACACGGCAUUCCCAUAUAGUAGUGGUGUAAAUAAUGGUAGACUCCCGCAAGGUAUGGAUUGGUCCAAUUUCCGUCUAAGUUUAGCUCAAAUAAAAUUUUCAUAUGAAAAUGAUCAUCAAUUAAGUGACCCAAUGUGGCGAGCAACGUGCAACUUCAAGCCAGAAACAAGAUAUUCCCAGUCGCCACUCAAUUAUAUGCGUGGCUAUUUUCGACAGUUUAAUAUUUUAAAUUAUGUUAGUCAGGGCCAGUGCUUUCAAGUCGAUUAUAUGGAUAUUCGUGGACAUAAAUGCAGAAAUUGUAACAGGGCUUUCUGGGCUUCUUCGAAUUCUCAUCUUCAUACAGAUUCUUCUACAACGCGUUGCUGUGAUGGUAAGGUAUGUUAUCCUAAUUCCGUUGGCGGAGAAGAUAAUUUCGGUUAUUACCAGUCAUAUAAUCCUAAAUUUACAUGCAGUAGUACUCCACAGAGUACAACUAAUUGGUGGAUUGGCGGAAAGAUAUGA